UAAGCCACACCCUAGUGCAUCUCUGUUGCUGUCUGACUUUCUCUGUCUCUCUGUCUCCCUCUCUCUCUCUCUUGUCCUGUGCAGGUAAAGGAAACAAAGACAACAAGGGUGACAGCAUGCAGGUUCAUGCUCCAAUCACUCUAACAGUUUUGAUAUGGCUACUCCUGAUAGAAUGUUGCUCAGCUAAUCUCACUGCUAUUGCAACAGUAUCACAAAGAGGAGUUACAGGAACUAUCAUUUUCACUCAAAACACACCCACCUCAGAGACAAACAUCAGACUUACCCUAACUGGUCUUCCGCCCGAUGAACUAUACCAAUGGCACGUCCACCAGUAUCCGUUUGCCAGUGCCCUCCCAUCGCCGUGCUCCCCUCCGAACACUGGUGGUCACUUUGAUCCUCUUGGCGCAUUCAAUCAAGCAAAUUACUCAACUAAUUGUAAUAAAAAUAAUCCAGCUGCUUGUGAGAUUGGGGAUCUCAGUGGAAAGUUUGGUCUAUUAAAUGUGUCUGACUUACCCUUCUCAGAAGGAGAUGACACCAUCUCCUUAUACGGUCGUCAUAGUAUAAUCGGUCGUUCGAUAGUAUUUCAUUUUAGUAAUGGAACUCGGUUUGUUUGUGCUAACAUUCUUAUCAACUCGUCUCAAGACGUCAUAUCAAGAGCUUAUUCUCCAUUUCGUCGCUCGAGUAUUGUCGGUAAUAUUUACUUUACUCAGUACUCGUUCAACCUCACAACUGUCUUUGUUGAUCUCCUUUCUCCCUUGGCUACUCAGGAUCACAACUGGCAUGUUCACGAGGAUCCAGUCACGGGCGGAGACAAUGCUUGCUCUUCUACAGCUGGACAUUAUAAUCCGCGGAAUGUAAAUGUUACUAAUAACGACUAUCUUAAUAACUGUAACGAGUCAAACCCGUUUGAAUGUGAGGUUGGGGAUUUAUCGAAUAAAGGAGGAACGAUAUCGUUUAGCAGUACCAGUAAUCAAGGAAGAUUGUUCUACUCUGAUAUUGAUCUUCCUCUAUUGAUAGACAGUGAAGGACACUAUAUAGAGAACAGAUCCAUUGUGAUUCAUCAAGAGAACAGAGGUGCUCCUAGAGUAGCUUGCGGUAAUUUAACAGCAUUGAAACCAAGAGAAGCAGUAUCUGUUUUUAACGGUGAAGAAGGAGUUUAUGGCUCUAUCAAAUUCAAACAAGACUCUCCUUUUGAUCCUACAACAGUUCUCGUUAAUAUUACCGGACUCAAUGAAAUGGCUGGUGGGUAUCAUGUCCAUGAGACUCCAGUUGGUGAGGGAGUUACUGAUCGGAGCCGAUGUGGUCCGUCAUACACUGGGGGACAUUGGAACCCAAGAAAUGCACCAUAUCCCCUACCACCAGGCCUGACCAGUGACCAGUAUGAGGUCGGAGAUUUAAGCGGUAAAUUUGAAUUACUAGAUGGACUUAAUGAGUCAGCUGCAGAGUAUUCCGAUCCUAAUAUUCCUUUGUUUGGGGUUGAUAGUAUCAUUGGCCGAUCAGUCGUAAUACAUUUAGCUGAGCCUGGAGCACCAAGGUGGGUCUGUGCUAAUAUUAAUUAUGCUCGGCCAACUGUCCAAGUGUCAGCUGCUUUUUCAUUUUCAAAUAAUCAGAGCUUUGAAGUCGUGUUUGUCCAACCUGAUGAUGAUCCUUACUCUGAUACUACCAUUUUUAUUAGGAACAAUUCUUUCAUAGAACCACCUUCACCUUCUCCCUCUCCUUCUCCUUCAGUCACUAGCCCGACUUCACUCUCUUCUUUGCCUCAAACUUCAUUGAUUUCUUCUCUAGAAUUUGCAAUGUCUUCCUCUCUUUCUCCUUCUCCCUCUCCCUCGCUCCUCCUUGGUUCGGGUGAUGGCGACAUGAUGCUACGAAAGAAAAGAUUCUCAGAUAGCGACAUAAUGAAUGAGUUAUUGGAAGCUGACGAUGUUUACAUGUAUGAGGAAAAUGACGAAAUGAAUGAUCAGUUCGUCAACGAAAAAGAGGCGGAGCAUCCAAUAAUGGUUGCUAAGAGACAGAUCAUGGACUUGUCACCAAUAUCGUGGAGUGUGAGCAAUUUACCGGCUCAACAAGGAGGAGGCGUGGCCUGUGAUUUAUUUAUGCCAAUCCUCUCAAACAGCAAUGAUACAUUGUGUAUGAAUGGGGUACAGUUAGGAUGCUCUGGUGGAGAUCUUACAGCUAAACACGGUCCACUUACUGUGAAUAGCAAUGGAAUGAUAAGGACUGUAUAUACUGAUCCAUAUCUACCACUCUCUGGAGAUAAUUCUGUAUUAGGUAAAGGAUUACUAGUACAAUCUGACGGUGAAGGACAAUUGGCUGCUAUUCAACCAUCAGACAUGCCAGCACUCACAAAUGCCACUAGUUGUAUAGUAUCUACCUCAUCAACUUCAUCAAUUUCUUCAACCACUUCUACAGCUGCCAUUACUCUUACUAACACUAUAAGCACAUCGCAAGUUACUACAACUUCUACUCUCAGUACUACAAGCACUAGUGCUGGCCCAUCUAUUUCUGUUGUAACAGAAACACCUAGCGGAGUGUUGCCGUUUUCAAACACGAUUUUAAUAAUUAUUUGUGCUGGAGGAGGUGGAGUCCUUCUUCUCCUCCUCAUCCUCUUCCUUGCUUUGUGCAUCAUAUGUUGCAAAUGUAGAAGAUCCAAUCGCUACGACAAGUACAUGAAGGAUCACAUUCGAUCGGCUGGUAACAUUGAGCUCGGAAAAUAUAAGAGAACUAAUCCUAUUAGUGGAGUUUCCUGUUAUCGGGUCUUGUAUGACUACGAUCCACAACAAGACGGAGACCUUGAACUCAAAGAAGGAGAAAUGGUGACAUUGCUUGAGUCUCCUUUGGACGGCGACUGGUGGUGCGGAAAACUGGAGAAUGAGAAGCAGGGCUGGUUCCCUAAAUCAUAUGUUGAAUACGUCGACAUUGUUGGGGAAAAUAAGAAACGGCAAGAAGAUAGUUUUGCUGUUGCAGCAGCAACGAUAAGAGUUGCUUCAAUGGCCUUCACGUCACCAAACACACCCUCAACAAAUAGCAAGCUCCAUAAAGACUUGAAAGAAGAGGAAUCAACGUUCAUAAUACCAAACCUUCACACUGGGACUCCUCAAGCCAGCCCUCAGAUAGCAAGAGCUCACACGCCAAUAAAGAGAGCUCCGUCCGAAGCCACACCCUCUCCUCCACCUUCUUACGAGUCUCCAAUUCCACCAGAAGACAUUUACAUUGCAAAGUUUGACUAUUCACCUCAGAGUGAUUCUGAGUUAAAGAUGGCACAAGGAGAUCGUGUCAUUAUCAUAGAAAGAGCUGAUGGGGGCUGGUGGCAUGGUGUGAUAGGAGAGGAGCACGGCUGGUUUCCCGAGACUUUUGUCGAACCCGAGGAAAGUUCCCCCCCAAUGUAUGACGAGGACAAGAAAGAAGAGACAAAGAAAGAGGAAGAGGAGGAACCUUUUAGGCCACGAGGGAUGACAGAGUUUCAUAAAGAAACAUCAGAUGAGGUCGAAGCUUCAGAAUAUAAAGCUGUAUAUACUUAUACGUCAGAUACUGACGGUGAUUUGAAGUUCCAGGAAGGCGAUACGAUCCUAGUGUAUUGGGCGAAUCCUAAUGGCUGGUGGUUUGGUUCUGUUGAUGGUAGACAAGGGUAUUUCCCUGGGAGCUAUGUGGAGGCUGUGAUGGAGCAUACUGCAUCACCAAAUCUCUCAGGAGAAGGACUAGGAGUAAUAAAAGAAGAAUCUCCUCCCAGUGAGGCCGGAGGGACUAGCUUUAGUGAUGAGAUUUCCAAUGCUUUCAAGAAAAGGAAAGAAGCUGCAGAAACAGGAGGAGAGAGAGCAGCAAUAUCUCCUGUUCCCAGCAGCAGCGGUAGUCUAAGUGAUGAAAUAGCAAAUGCUUUCAAGAGAAGAGAAGAGAGAAAGCCGGGAGCAACAGACUCUCAAAAAUCUUCUCCAGCUCUAGCUCGUGGUGGUACCAGUGGUAGCCUUGAAGAUCAACUAGCAGCUGCUAUUAAGAAACGCAGUACCAGCCCACCACAAGAACCGCCAGUGGUUAGCAGUGGAGGAGCAACUGGAGGAGGCGGUAGUCUUGAGGAUCAACUUGCAGCUGCUCUUAAGAAACGGAGCUCAAGUCCACCAGCACAUGCGAUAAAAGAAAAGGAGCAAGUUGACGAGAAGGAGAAGGAAGAAGAGAAAAGGGAGGCCUCUGGUUCCCUUGGUAACAUUCAAACUGAGAUAAUGUCUAUGCUGACAUCGUUUGGUGGGUCGAGUGAGAGUAGUACAGUAGGAACUGAUAAAGAAAAACUGAUAAAAGACGAAGAACCACAGGCCACUGAUAAAAAGCCAGUUAAAAGACGACAAGCUCCGCCUCCUCCUAAAUCAAAAAGUGUUACAUCAAAAUCACCGACUCCAGCAUCGCCAGAACCACCUUUACAAACCACACCCACUCCCACACCUUCUAACGAGACUCCUAAAUCACCAGAUGAUACGCAGGCCACUGCAAUCCCUCCCGUUGUCAAGGCAACAGAUCAAACCACACCCACUGGAAGAAGAAAACCACCAGUUGUUCCCUUAGUAGUGGACAAGCCAGUUGAGGCAACGCCCACAAAUAUAUCAAAAACUCCGCCCAUUGAACAAAAAGUAAAGACCGAGGAACCGAAAAAACAGUCAAGAACUUUACCUCCAAAAGUAGUCAAGCAGUUGACGGCUUCUCCAGGGACUAAGGCACGUAGAGCUCCUCCCCCUCCGCCGUCGUCAUUGGCAACACACACAAAAACAGCUUCAGUCUCAUCUGAUGAUGACAAAUCAGGUCAGCCUCAAAAUAAAAACAAGCCAAUCGCUUUAGAAGCUGCAAAACCAACAAGUACAAGUAGCGAUAGCGCUAGCGAAAAAAUACUUUCAUCUGAGACUCAAGAACCUAAGGCAAUAGUACAGAAAGGGUCUGGAUGGAAGCCACAGACUAGAAAAGGAAAGAAACAAGCUCCUCGUAGGAACCCACCCCUUCCUCCACCCACUGCCACGCCUACUACUGUUGCGGCAAGUACUCAAUCAAAAAAUAAACCAAAAGUGCAAAUUGUUCGGAGACCAACUGCGAGAAAUAUACCACCGCCUCCUAAUAUUCCUUUACCAGCUCCACCAAAGAAAUCACCGAGCAACAUUCCACCUCCCCCUUCUACUUCUCUCCCUCCUCCUCCUUCCUCUCCCCUCCCUCCUCCCCCAACUUCUUCCCUUUCUCCUCCCCCAACCUCUUUCCUUUCUCCUCCUCCUUCUUCUCCUCUUCCUCCUCCUCCCUCUUCUCCUCUUCCUCCUCCUCCCAAACAGAAAUCAAGCGACUCAGAUAACUCUGAAAGAAAGAAGAGUGUCACAAGGCCUUCUCGCCCUCCACUAGCAAAACAAAAGAGUACAGACAAUAGCGGAGACCCUCCUUCAGUUCCUUCUCACGACAGCGAUUACGAAAAACCAAUCUCUACGCCUUCAAAGAAAGCAUCAGCAGACUAUGAAGAACCUUUACCAAAGCCCUUGCAUGGUUACGAAAAAAUAGAUCCAUCAAAACUUGUUGAACGUGGAAGCUACGACAAGCCAGUGCCGCCAAAAGAAACUAAACCAGCAGGUAAUGAGUACGAGGAGCCAUUACCCAAACCAAGAGUAAGAACAUCUGCCACUAAGCCUCCUCAAAUAGCAAAUCAAUAUGAAGAAGUAAAAUCACCUACUAAAGAUGAUGAUGGUAAUAACGAUUAUGAGCCGGUCAGACCUCCAACUGUUGCUGAGCUUGCAGUUACUACGAAUCCAGCUCCUCCUGUUGCUAGUAGGGACUCUAAUCUCAAACCUUCUGAGCCGUCAAAUCCUUUGACUGGUCCUUCCCCUAAACCUAAAGUAAAACCCAAACCAGCGAAACUCUUAAAACCCAAACCUCCCGUGGCUAAGAAACCAGCCUCACUCAGUCCUAGUGUCAAUAAGAAAGAAGAGAAUGAGUCUGCCGAGGGUACCGCCCCCAAACCAAAGCCUCGCCCUCCCAAACCAUCCCCACCCCCAAGAGUAAGUAGUCUGCCGUCAACUCCUCAAGGGUCUCCGUCUCCCACGGCAAAACGAAAACAUUCGCCAGUUCCAAGUCCUUUAGCUACGAGAUCCUUUCCAGUUCCUCCAAAAAGCCCUUCGUCACCACUCCCACCCACUCAACCAUCGACCACGCCUUCUUCUGCCCCACCCACUAAAGCCGAACGAAAGUCUAGUCUUCCUCCUCCACGUCCCAAACCUCCUCCGAUACGGAAACUGAGUGCAGCAUCAGCGGAACAGACUGACGCUGGUAAUAACAAGGUCACCAGUCCAUUAAGUAAUGGGCCCAUUAUUUCUAAUGGAGUCAAACCAGACAAACUGGAUCAACCUGUUCCCAAGGCCAGGAGGACUAGUGGAGAAGGCUCUACAAAAGCUUCAAUUCCUGCGAGACCUCCUCCUCCUAGAUCGAUCAAAAAAGAAAAGAAAGAUGACGACGAUGGAGGGCAGGCUCAGAAGUAUUACAAAGCGCUGAAGAGUUAUACCAGUGGAGGAGGUAAUGGCGAUCACCUUAGUUUUAGUAAGGGGGAUAUACUUGUAGUCCUGGAUGAUGGCGGAGCAGGUAAAGAAGGCUGGGUUCAUGGCAUGUUGGACGAUGGGACAACGGGUCUCUUCCCUCUAUCUCAUGUAACAGAUUUUCAACCAAACCAAUGAUAAUGCAUAGAUAUACAUACAUACACGUGUACAUAAUCGCUGAAUGUAACUUGUUUUUAUAACAAUCACUUACACACGAUAAGCACAUUAUUGUUGUUGUUGUUGUUGUUGUUGUUAUUUACUAGUAGCUGCUCAUUGUGGUAUUUUAUGCAUAUUUAUUUCCUUACAAACUUUUUGUUUAAUUUUUUUUCUUUUUAUGUCAGACGGGGCUGGACUCUUCUCCUCUGAAUGUUGGUUGAUUUGAUCUUCCUUGUACUUUUUAUUUAAUACUUAUUUUACUUUCCUUGUUUGUAAUAUGUCACUGUUAAUAUAUAGUUACUCUUCCUUUCU